GAGCCCAGGACAAAGUUUGCCUCUAAGACUGACUUGUUUCCAAGCAGGCUGAGCAUAGUUUACAAGGUUCCUUUAAGUCCCAUAUGACACCCAGCUAGAUUUUCAGGUCAGAUUGUAUUGAAGAUUAAAGCAGCAAUACAGCAGCUCUGGCAAUGGAUCAGUGCUGGUACCAUGGGAACAUCACUCGCUCCAAGGCUGAGGACCUGCUCUCCAAAGUGGGAAAGGAUGGCAGCUUCCUAGUGCGGGCCAGUGAGUCGAUCUCCUCGGCAUAUGCACUCUGUGUUCUGUUCCGGAAUUGUGUUUAUACCUACAGGAUUCUACCCAAUAAAGAAAAUAAGCUAAUUGUCCAGGCAUCGGAAGGCGUUCCAGUGAAGUACUUCGACAACUUGGAUGAACUGAUAGAGUUUUACAAGAAGGAGAACAUGGGUCUGGUAUGGCACCUGAGAUAUCCUGUCCAACGGGAAGAGGAGGAGGCAGCUGAUGAACCAGAGGAGGAUGCGGACCCUGUACCAACCCCACCCAUAUUACCCCCACGACCCUUCCUGGUGGCACUCCCAGCAAGCGAGAUGAAAGAAGCGUCUCCUCUGAAUGAAAAUUCCAAGGUGGCAGAAGUCAGCAAACUGUCCCUUUCUGAGACGCUACUUCAGCGGCUGCAGUCCCAGGACACCAGCAGUGUUUCUGAGGAACACCUAAAGUUAAUCCAGGAUUAUCUGCGAGUUCACAUCACCAGCGACUUUGAGAUGGUGCAGAUGGGCUCCAGCAGUCUCCCCCAGCUGAAGAAACUGCUCACAGUGCUCUGCAAAGGGCUCUUCAGUGAGGCAUCUAGGACUCUCCCUUCCCUGGAGUCCAUCCAGAAGGUGUUUGACCAGCAGCUGCCUUCUGGUAUCCAUCAGCGUUCUCAAUUGCUUGGGGAAGCCAGUCCAGUCAAUGUUGUGUUGAAGCUCAAUCAGCUGAUCUCUUUGCUGUCCUCGGCUGAAGAAAAGGUGAAAACACUGUUGAUUGAAGGACCUGAUUCAACACAUCGGCGUUCUCUCAUCCCUCCUGUAACCUUUGAGGUGAAAGCAGAUUCUCUAGGAAUUUCCCAGAAAAUACACCUCAAAGUUGAUGUGGAGCUGGGGAAAUUGAUUAUCAAGAAAGCCAAGGAUGGUCCUGAAGACAAGUUCUAUAACCAUAAGAAAAUUCUGCAGCUCAUCAAGUCCCAGAAGUUCCCUAACAAACUGGUGAUCGUAUUGGAGACUGAAAGAGAGAAAACGCAGCGGAAAGAAUAUGUUUUCGCUGACUCUAAGAAAAGAGAAGGGUUCUGCCAGCUUCUGCAGCAGAUGAAGAAUAAACACUCUGAGCAACCAGAGCCUGACAUGAUCACCAUCUUCAUUGGGACCUGGAACAUGGGUGCUGCUCCUCCUCCAAAGAAGAUCACAUCCUGGUUUCUCUCCAAGGGGCAGGGAAAGACCCGGGAUGAUUCCGCUGACUAUAUCCCCCAUGACAUUUAUGUCAUUGGCACUCAGGAGGACCCCCAAGGGGAGAAGGAAUGGCUGGAAGUUCUGAGACAAUCCUUGCAGGAAAUCACCAGUAUCAGCUUUAAAAUGAUAGCAAUCCAUACGCUCUGGAACAUCAGGAUUGUCGUCCUGGCCAAGCCAGAACAUGAGAACCGGAUAAGCCACAUCUGCACAGACAACGUGAAGACCGGAAUUGCAAACACACUGGGCAAUAAAGGAGCUGUGGGAGUCUCAUUCAUGUUUAAUGGAACCUCCUUAGGGUUUGUUAACAGUCAUUUGACUUCAGGAAGUGAAAAGAAACACAGGCGAAACCAGAACUACAUGAACAUUCUGCGCUUCCUGACACUGGGAGAUAAGAAACUGAGUCCAUUUAACAUCACUCACCGCUUUACUCAUCUCUUCUGGCUGGGAGACUUGAACUACCGCGUGGAACUACCUACAUCGGAAGCAGAGAAUAUUAUCCAGAGGAUCAAACAACAGCAGUAUCCAGAGUUGCUGGGUUUUGACCAGCUUCUCAUGGAGAAAAAAGACCAAAAGGUGUUUCUGCAAUUUGAGGAAGAAGAGAUCACUUUUGCUCCAACUUAUCGUUUUGAAAGGAAUACCCGGGAGAAGUAUGCAUACACCAAGCAGAAAGCAACAGGGAUGAAAUUCAAUUUGCCGUCCUGGUGUGAUCGAGUGCUUUGGAAAUCAUACCCCAUGGUGCACGUGGUGUGUCAAUCCUAUGGCUGCACCAGUGACAUCAUGACCAGUGACCACAGUCCUGUCUUUGCUACAUUUGAAGUUGGGGUCACCUCACAGUUUGUCUCAAAGAAUGAUUCCAAGUACACAGAGUCCCAGGGGCAGAUAGAAUUCCUGAGCUGCUGUGCCACUCUGAAGACCAAGUCCCAGACCAAAUUCUACAUUGAGUUCUACUCCAGCUGCUUAGAAAGCUUUGUAAAGAGCCAGGAAGGGGAAAAUGAGGAUGGGAAUGAAGGGGAACUCGUGGUGAAGUUCAUUGAGGCACUUCCUAAGCUGACUCCGAUUAUUUCAGACCCAGAGUACCUGCUGGACCAGCACAUCCUGAUCAGCAUUAAGUCUUCAGACAGUGAUGAAUCGUAUGGUGAGGGCUGCAUUGCCCUGAGGAUAGAAGCUACAGAAUCGCUAGUCCCCUUCCAUACUGUGCUAACACACCAUGGUGAGAGAACAGGGGUCUUCCAAGGUGAAAUCAAGUUACAGACAUCGCAAGGAAAGCAGAGAGAGAAACUGUAUGAUUUUGUGAAGAUUGAACGGGAUGAGACUGCUGGGCAGAAACCAAAGGGAAUCAGCAGCCUGGAUCCCACCAAAGAGUGGGAGCAAUCUAUCAGAAAAUCAAAAUCUACUCACUUGAUGGCUAAAGAAGCAGCAGCUGUUGCUCGCUUUCGGGGAAAUGCUUCCUCUCCUCCAGAUGCACAGGGCAAGGAUGACAUGUUACGCAGCUCCACCCCCACGGACAUCAGCAAUCCCAACUAUAUGGGGGUGGUCUCUUUCUCUCAGCAAUUCUCUGCACCUGGCCAGCUUAAGCAGAGCCCUUCAUCAGACCAGCCAUCUGCCUUCUGGGCCUAUGACCAGCAGCCUAAAGAGAACGUCCCUGUGAUGGGACACCAGGAGUCUACCUCCACGACUUCCUCCCAGUCCCCCCUGUCUCCAAAACCAUCCAUUCAGCCUAUGACAAACCGAAGUUCUGGCCCCAGGAGUCAAGAGCAUGUGCCAGCUGACAUGGGAAAAGGUGUGGUGGAGUCUUUGCUUCAAGAGGAAAUUCAGCAGAAGCCUGAGAUGUUUGACAACCCACUGUACGGUGCCAUGAGCUCUAAGGGGAAGGUGGCAUCCAAGAAGGAACAGGACUACACCCCGGUCUUGCGAAAGGAGCACCAACUUAUUCUGAAUCAUGGCGCCCUUCUCACUAAGCCGCAUGAUGCCGACAGCAGCAAGUCUUCUAACAAGCAGCCAUCCCCUCCUUUCCUGAUCCCUACGCCCAGAUUCCGGUCCUACACCUGCUCCAGCCAAUCUGAGGAAAAAACUAUAAGUGAAAAGGCUCAGGGCAAGCAGAAGCCAACCGCCUCCUUAGAAAACCCAGCACCACUGAAAAAACCAGUCAAACCCUCAAGGUCUGAAGUAGGUCCAAGCAGUCAGGGACAGUUCAGCAAACCACCUCUUCCUACAAAGAGCCGGGCAGUUCUAGACAUGCAGACUACCAAGGCCCGAGACUACCGGGAGAAUUCAGACCUCCCUCAUCAGGGAAAGCAUCGAACCGAAGAGGGGACAGUUGGUAGGACAGCCACACCGUGACUGCAACAUGGCAGAUGGCAUCCUGGGAGGAACCCUAGAGGGAAGAAACAAGAUUACCACUUUGUUCACAUUACUAUCCUCUGGUCUGGUGUUGAAAGGACUGGGGCAUUCUAUUUUUGAGAGUGUCUCUCUCUCUCUCUCUCUUUAUCAUUAUAAAAGUCUUCUAGCUGAGAAAUUAAGCACAAGUUGUUCAGAUGAAGAAGAGACAGGACAACAAUGACAAAUGCAAGAAGACAAGGUUCCCAGUUAACCUUCUGCAGUGUCACUUUGGUACUUAAUCUAGGAGGCAAGGCAUUAAAUACCUUAAUACUCUUUUGGAGAAGAGGAAGGACAUAAGGACAAACACAUGGGGUGGGUGGAUGGAAAGAGCCCCCUGCACAAACAAACGAAAACCUUUUUCUCGAGUUCCAAAAUCCCAAUCCUGAGUGACAGUUACUCCAAAGGAAGCAUCUUGACAGCGGUACAGCUCCCAGAGCAGGUCACUCCAAUGGAGCAAGGAGUCAGGGGAGGCUGGGAAAGAGUUUGAACAAUGGACAUUUAAGAGUGUCACAUCAUAUAAGGUUUCAGCCUUGUCUCUUGUGGGAACCCCAAGCUGUGUACAGGCAUCCACCGGAUACAGGCAUCCAUGGAGAGUAUGAGGAUUUGUUCCCUGGAACUGCAGCUCUUGUUUUUAGCAACUAGUGCUGUUCUUCCUUCACAAAAACAUCCUGGGGAAGAGUGAAAGGGCAGAACUACACGCAGGAAUGGGAGUGGUAGAUUGGGCCCACGUAUGGUCUAGAAAUGUAGACCUGAGGGGAAAUCAGUCAUUCCAGCCAUUUUAUUUUUGUUUUUAUGGGAGUCACUCUACUUUGAAGGACAUUUGGCUGGUUGGUUUAGUAGCAUCCUAUUAGUUUCAUGCUGACCUUAUUGUAAUUUUGAUCAUUGCCUGAGAACUAAUCAUGUUAACAUAUCUGUAAUUUCUAUAUCCAUGUUAAGUACUAGUGCAGUGGUUUACAGUGAUGCUGGGCCUAUUUGUGACUUGAUCGUUGCUACUGUUCCCUGUUCAUUACUAAAAAAAUAAAGAUUAGACUCAUUUCUAACCGUCCCUUAUUACCUGUCUUAUUUACUUCAUAUUAGUUUAGUGCUCUGCAACUCACUAAAUGAAAAUAGUCCCUGCCCAGAGUCACUUAUUUUGAGACACCAGAAAGGAUCAAAUGCACCAGGAAGGCCAGGAAGGAAUAACUUGGAAGAUUUGAUAUUGUUGAUUUGUUAUCCUCUCCUCCACAAAGCAUCUGCAUUAGGGUGAUUUCCUCCAGUAGCAAUGCAGCUGUACUUGUGUACAUAGGACUCAGGUUUAUAUCUACCUUUUUUUGCAGAACAGGUUUUAUGACUGUGGUAAAAAUGCUUGAACCCAAUCUACAUUCAUGCUUAAUUGGUGAUAAUGGCACUUGCUGAAAGAUAGGUCUAGAUUUUCCUGGAGCAGCCCAGGCCUAGCAGAUUUGGGGAGGUGGAUGUGGGAGAGCGGUCCAUGCAUACAAAAUUCUUCCCAGGACUGAUUUCUCUCCAGUGGAUAUAUUUUUUGUGAAGCACCUGCUCCCCUACACUCACUAAUUUCUUUAACCGUCCUCUUUUAUUUAACAGGGUCUUCCCUGUAGAAACCUAAAAAUUUGUUGGAAGAUUCAAUGGAUGAGGCAUGUUUUUCUUUCACUUCUCCAUUUCAGACUCUGGGGAAUUCAUACAGCUCCUGGCACUGCCUUGGAAUUAACCUGCUUGAAGUGGUGAUUUUAUUGUCUAAUAUGAAGAGUGAAAAUAAUUUUCCUUUUGAAAACCAAGGUGCAUUAGUAUAUGUGGGGGGAUGGGGACUUCUGCUAGAUGUUCUACGAAAAGCUUUUACCCACUGAUAAUGAGCAGUGAGCCAACAGACAAAGCUUUGUACACAGUGUCAGUGUUUUCCCAGUGAGACACUGGAGCCUAAAAAAGUCACUUCUCAUAUUAAAGAAAAUGAAAUACUGAGACAGAGCAAAACUAGCCUCUCCAAGUGGAGAUACCCUUACAAGCAGCACAGCGUCUGGCUACUUUUAAUGCUGGAAUUUGGUACCAAUGAAAAAGUUUGCAUAUGCUGCCUCUUUAGAUGAAAGUGGGUUGGACCAACUCAGUACCUGAAUCUGGAAUGGCAGGUCAAACCUCCAAUGAGGCAUAUAACUAAAGACAGGGUGAGGCUGUGCACCAAGCCUGAGGGAGAAAACUCUGCUAAUCACUGGUUCCUAGAGUUAGAUAAGGGACAUCAGCAAGGUUCUGUAGGGAGUCCCAUCUACUUUUCUUCCUUGGCUGGAAUGAUGGCAGCUGCAGUAUAGUUAUGUGUGGGCAAGGGAGUGUUAAAGCCAGGGGAAAUGGAUCUUCAGAGCUCUGCAGGAGAGAUGGUAGAAAUAUGGGAAAGGUAGACUACCUGUGAAGAGCAGCUCCUGGGAGGAAGAGGAGACAUUCUGCUUUUAUCUUUGUGACAAGGUCAACUGCUCUUAGGAUACAGCCUCAAUAAACUAGCUGGGACUCUUUCCAAGUACUCAUCCUAUAUCUAAAAAGGAAAUAGAUAUGAAUUUCACACACCCUAGUACUGUGGUGGUUCUUUUCAUGGCUUCUCUUCCCAUCUUGUCUAGAGCCCUGAAGAUGUCCUUCAUUGCUUCCAUCCUGCUAUCUUUCUGAACUAAAUAGGACUCCAGAAGUUGGUCCACAAAAGCUGCUCAUUUUAAAGAGGGGUCACUAUUGACCAAGCUGAGUUACUCUCUCCCAGCCAAAAAGGCUGCUUUUGCCAUACUCUGCUGUUAUCCCAGUUAUUUUCCCAUUAAAUUGUUAUAAAUAUUGUGAGAGAAAGGAGCAAGUUGUUGAAAAAACAACUGAUUUCCCUCAAAUAUAUUCCCCUAACUACACAGUUCUCGUAUUUUCUAGUCCUCAAAAUUAGCUACAUUCCCUUACUGUGCUAAUUUCCAUGGAGCUCCAGCUGUCAGAAAUGCUUCAAGUUUUCAGCUACUGUAUGUGAUAUUAUGGAAUACCAUAAGUUGUUAAAAGCCUGGUUCUUGGCCAAGACUAAAGUCUCCAAAACAAGCUUACCUGACCUCCCCAGUAUAGAAUGAGAGUUGCAAGAGCUAUUGCCAAUAUUACAGUAAGAUAGUAUUGUUCCCUUCAUGUAAGGCGAAUGUUGUAUAAAAAUAUCUAGAAGAAAGAGUUGAGUUUAGGAAGAAAAGAGAAACCAGGGGAGACUUAAGGACUAUAAAAAAGCAGGUAGACAAUGUCCACAUACUAACCUUGCUGGUUAGAACCCAGAUGACCUGAUGCUAAGCACUGGUCUUGACUCUGCCACUUGAUUCACUAAUGACCUAAUGCAAGUCAGUUAACCUUUGGGCUUCAGUUUAUCUUUACAAUGCAAGGUUAAUACCUAGCUUUCUAAAACACUUUGAGAUGUUUGCACAAAAGGUGUAUUUUCUGGGGGCUCAGAUAUUUGUGUGUGGAAAGAUGUAGAAUUGCAGGGACAUCUAACUAGCCAAGCUGUCCAAGGACUAUCUGCAAAUCUCUUCAUGUUGGACAAAGGACUUGAGGCUACCAUGCGUGGUGAUGCAAGUCUUAGUUGAUAAUUGUGGCUAGGACGUGUAUGCAGGAUGGACAGGCAAAGUGCAUGAUGCCAAAAAUUUUUUUUUUAAAUUCUUUUCCCCUCUAUCUGCUCCUGAGAAGUCCACAUUACCACCCCUCAAUAUUAAUAUUCAAAGGGUCUUCCUCCCUAUUGUGAGUCUCAAAUAAUCUGCACAGCCACUGCUUCUCUAGGUCAUGAAACCAAACUACAGAAUCAGUAGGUGCAGUGUGGUGGAUUGUGCAUUUGGAUGUCUUAUAUUGCAAAGUAAAGGGGCCUCCCAGCCUGCAGUAACACUGCCAUCUACAAUGCGGUCUAUUACCUGCCAGUUGUGUUCUGUAUAACAUUUGUUACAGCCAGGGUCAGAUACGCAAUAAACUGUACAAGGGAGGACACAGGCUUUGCUGCAUACUAUGCGCAGCUGAAUGAGCAGUGAAAUGCAGCUGGGACAGUAUCACAUUACGCCAGCUGUUCACAUCUGCAACCCCAAUGGCAGUGUGAUCACCUAUGCAUUCCUGCUAGCAAUUUUGGAUGUGGACACGUUACAUGAGUGCUAGGGUUCCAAACAGGUGCUGAGCAUAGCACAUUUCUCCAGUGUAGAGAAAGUGUGAGCUGCAGAGGCACAAGAUGUUAUUUUCUAUAUAUGUAAGCACUUACCAGCUUAUUAUUCAUACCAGUUGUUCGGUAUAUGAAAAAAUCUCAUUAUCCAUUUCCUUUGUUGCCUAUGUUACAUUUUUUUCAUAUACAGCUGUCAACAGAACCAUUUUAGAACAGGUUCUGUUAAGGAUAUUGAACUGAUUGGUAGCAUUACAUGAUGUGAAGUCAAAACUUUCCCACUGCACAGAGGCAUUUUGGUAUAGUCCAACCCGGGAUGGCAGAAGAAGUGUUUAGGUCCAGCUGUAAUUAACCAUAUUUUUCCAUCAUGUACUUCAUGCUGAAACAGAACACAAAAUGAAUCCUGAGUACAAAAUUGCCACGAACGUUUGCUCUCGGUUUAUUGCCAUUAUCUUGUAUUAUUAAUUUUAUUUACAGCUCAUCUUUGCGCCAGCUCCCAAGAGCAGCAAAACAAAAGCUGCGAGUUACACUCAGUGCAGGAGUUGGUUCACCCACGCAGAAUUAUCUGCUGAUUUAGAAUGUGAUGUGCAUGAAUUUGUUCUUAAUUACCACUGUGCUUAUUUCGUUCUCAGUUUAGCUUAAUUUGAUUUCAGCUACUAAAGAUGAACAAAAGCUAGUUUUGCCCAAAGAAACUCAAUUGCUGCAAUCAAAAGAACACGCUAUAGGCAACGGCUCAAGCUGGAUUCUAAUGUUGUGCUGACUGAUGCUGUACCAAAAGGUGUAUUUAGAGAACUGUAGUCAAGGCUCCAUUCUCAAUAACCCCUUACUGCAGAAGACACCACCAUAGCCAUGUAAAUGUGCUCGCCAAGCCUAGAUUUCAAGAAUAUCAAGAUUUUAUUCAAGUUAUGGAAUUUUGCUAAAUGCGUAGGUGGUGAUUAUUAUGACUGUAGUGGUACCUGGAGACCCUAACCAAGCUCUGGGCUCUACUUUGCUAGACACUGCACAUAUACAGAGUAAAAGUUAAUCUCCUGCAUCAUAAGAUGGCAGCCUGUUUUUACUGACCCAUUCAAAGUCAUGUGAGAUGGUAGCCAUUUGGGGAAUGAGUGCUGCGCUUCAGGAGCAGGGAGGAAAUGCGGGGAAAGAGAGAGAUGUGGCCAGGAAAGAGAAGGGGAAAAGAAACUUUGGGAGGAGAGUCUAAAAUUAUGUCUACUCUACACGCGGUGGGAGUGAGUCCAGCUUGUGUAGACAUAUUCAAUGAGAGCUGGUGCAAAGAUAAAUAGGAGUAUAUCUGCAGUGGCAUGGCAAGCGGAGGCACAGUUUAGCCGUGCCAAGUACAAACCCACCUGAAUGUACAUAUGUGCCACCGCUGGCACUACCUGUGCUACCGCAGCUGCACUAUUUAUACUUGCACUUCCUGAAUUAGCAUGAGUGUGUGUACAUGAGCUGGGAUUCACACCCCUAGCCAGCAGUAUAGAGGCAGCCUAAGUGAAGUGAGAGGCAGUCCGGCAGAAUGGAGAAGAGUCAGAGGGGUCCCCAAUAGAGGCAGCAAAAGGAUGAACAAGAGAUGGAGGCUCAAUUGAAAUGGGAGAGGCUGGGUAGGAGAAGGUGGUGGAUACAGUGCUAGUUUAGACAGGAGGCUGAAAGAUAAGAUAACCUUAGGAAGCAGGGGGCAGAAGUGCCAAUGCACUUAGUUUCUGAGGAAGGGGAAACCUCCCCUAUAAUAAACCUGUUCAAGGAUGCACUGCACUAAGUGGACAAAGCUUUUUCUUCUGCAGGCCACUGAGGCACAGCUUAUGCCCAGAAACAUGAGCUUCUCCCCCUUGCCUUAGCCUGCAGAGCUGCAUGUGUUGUUAUAGAAGAUACACAAAUACAGUCCUUUUAAAAGUCACCUGUGGUGCAUGCCUCCUCCUGUGGCUACAAGUUCCACAGGCUGACUUGACAAUGAGAACAUAUUUGGAUACCCAGUUUUUGCUGUCUGGCUAUUAGAUUGUAAGCAAUUAGACGCAGGGACAGUUCUCAUUUGGAAUUUGAUUGUGCCUUUAGAGGGGGCAUUAUGCCUCAGAUAGUACAUGGGGUGGCAGGUUUAUGGCUUUGUAAAGUAUAAUCCCUCCCUGAGCUUCCUGUAGUACAGGAGUGGUGCGUGGAUGGCAACAUCUCUUAAAUUAGGUUAGGCUGCUGUAGAUAGGCAUCACCCACCCCAGGAACACAAAGGGAGCAGUCCCUGCACUUUUCUGAGCACAGGCACUGUGGCUGGCCUAGAGCAGUACUGCAUGGAGGAUCUUUGCAGUACAUGUCCCCACCGUGAACAUGCCCAGAGGGCAGAUAGUCUGGCCCACUGUCUUGUUCACUGCUGCACCUAGUCUUAGCACUUGACAAAUAAUGCCCCCCCACUCACUCCUCUCCUCCACCUCCCUGCAUUGCUUGGGGAGGGCUUUUAAGUGAGGGGGCCAUGGAUCUCUGUUCCAGCGCCCCGGGUCUGUCUCCUCCCCGUGGCAGUUUGCUGUGGAGUUAGGCAGCCUCUGAGCACCCGAAUGGGAUGGGCCCUGCACAUAAAUCAGGUGGCUGAAUAGCUAUCUCCAUCCCCCCUUCCCCCCCACUCCCCGGACCCUAUUCCUGGAUUGCUCUGGGGCUCAAGCAGGAGAUGUGUGACCCCUAGAGGGAGGCAGCAGAGUGCAUGGCCAGAGGCAAAACAUAGGUGCUUGGGAACUUUUACAGAAGAAAUGGAAGCACCAAGUGAGUUUAGGCACUACAGAUUGGCAGCAGCCAAGUGGGAGUUUUGUGGAUUUGAGUGGCACCUAAAUCAGGGGUUAGGCACUUAAGUACCUUGGUGGAUCCAGGCCAGGCUCAGGGAAUCUUGACUGACACUCAUUUAACCUUUCCUUUUUGGAGCAUUCAGCACACAACCCUUCAACUAGUGUACUGAUUUUCAGUAACUGUUUGCAUGAACUUGUUUCAUAUGCAUUAAUCAUCUUGCUUAAAAAUAAAAUGUGAAGGCAUGCAAAUUACUGAGAGAGUCACAGCAAUCAGACUGGAGCACACGCUCCAUGACACACAUGCACCAGUUAUUUAUUUCAUCCAAACCCCAGUAAAGUGUCAUGUACUUCUUGGCUUUGCGAAAAAACAACAAAGCCUUUGUUUUGUUCUUGGGGAACCUAUUUAUGUACACUUUGAAUCAUGCUUGUUGAAAUGUUUGGUUCCCCCCCCCCCCCCACCUAUUAAAAAUUAGCCAGUAGUUGCUCCAAAUGC